CACAUACUCAAUGUGUUAAACUUCAUCUAGGGUGAGAUAUAUAAUUUAAUAAUCAUAUGAAUUAUCAAAGUUCAACUCAUAAGAUAUAAGAUUGAUUCGCUCAUAGGUUGGUAAUCGAGUUGGUACUCUAACCACUAAUGCUAAGACAUCUCAUGAGCUCUAACUGAGCCAGCUCACGAGUUAAACUCAACAAACCAACGAGUCAAGCUAGCUCGCAAGCUUAACAAAUCUUAGCUCAAAUUUGGCUCGUUAGUAAACGAGUCUGUUUCGCGUGACUUUUUUCCAAACCGAACAUUAAGUUGCUCGCGAGAGUUCACAAGGUUAACAAAGUUUAGCUCAAAUUUAACUCGUUAGUAAAUGAAUCCGUUUUGACUUUUGAGCGAGUUUUUCCCGAACCGUACAUAAAGCCGCUCGUGAGAGUUUGGCUCAGUCAUUUGCAACCCGUGUACUUUGUUUUUCCACUUUCCGUUGGGGUUGUCUUACGUUUGGUGCUCCGUUCGAUCCAAUCCAUCAGACGAACCCAUGGUUGUCCCGUGCGGUUUCUACUGUUACCCACCCUGCAUUUCCUACCGUUUUCAGCUCUAGCGUCGGAAUUCUCAAUCUCCGUUCGUCGUCGUCUUUGUCCAUGGUCAUGGCCGUCACUGCGCGGACCGUAGAGGAGAUCUUCAAAGAUUACACUGCUCGAAGAGCCGGCCUUGUUCGUGCCUUAACUGAUGAUUCGGAUGAAUUCUACGCACAAUGCGAUCCAGAAAAGGAGAACCUGUGUCUGUAUGGACAUCCAAACGAGAGGUGGGAGGUAACACUACCGGCGGAUGAAGUGCCACCGGAGCUACCUGAACCUGUUCUUGGUAUCAAUUUUGCUAGAGAUGGCAUGACCCGCAAGGACUGGCUUUCCCUCAUUGCUGUUCACGGUGAUUCUUGGCUGCUCUCUGUGGCUUUCUACCUCGGAGCUCGUCUUAAUAGGAACGACAGGAAACGACUUUUCAGCAUGAUCAAUGAUCUCCCUACUGUCUUUGAAGUUGUAACAGACAGGAAGCCCAGAGAAAAGCCCAGUAUCGAUAGUGGAAGCAAAUCUCGAGGCAGCACUAAGAGAUCUAGCGACGGGCAAGUGAGAAGCAACCCCAAACAUGAAAACUACCAUGUUGAUGAAGAUGAACACAUGGAUACACUUUGCGGAAGCUGUGGUGGAAACUACAACGCUGAUGAAUUCUGGAUCGGCUGUGACAUCUGCGAGAGAUGGUUCCAUGGCAAGUGCGUGAAAAUAACCCCUGCCAAAGCUGAGACCAUUAAGCAAUACAAGUGCCCUUCAUGCUGCAUUAAGAGGAACAGGCCUUAACCCCCUUUAAUACAUGGCCCUUCUUACUGGCACACCAGACUGUAGUCAAUUUAGUCCGAGUAUCAUUUACACUAGCUGUAAUGCAUUGUUAUAAAAAUGCCUUUUCAUUUAUUUUCAUAUGUAAUCCUCAUUUUCUCAAAUGUCAGCUUAUUGUAAUCUAAUCUCCUGAUGUAUGAAGUGCUACAAUGACAUUUGGUUUUUCGGCCUACUCUUAUCUGAAACAU